AUGUCAAAUCGUAAACUCAAGAGUAUAAAUAUGCGAUUAUUUAAAGAAGACCUACGUUUGUCUGACUUAUGUCAGCAACCUCCUGAGGAACUUGAUGACCUAACUCAUAGUUAUAAUACCACACUAAAGAGAAUGCUUGACAGACAUGCACCCGUUCAAGUUAGAUCUGUAGUUGUUAGACCUCGGGUUCCUUGGUUUACUAAUGGCAUUCGUGAAGCAAAAAGGGAACGGCGCAAAACUGAACGAAGAUGGAGAACUACAAAUCUUGAUGUGGAUUUUCAGCGAUUUAAGAGGGCAAAGAAUCGGGCGACCUAUUUGAUGAACAGAGCAAGAAGUGAAUUCUAUAGUAACUUAAUUAGUGAGAACUCUGGUAAUCAAAGGAAAUUAUUUUCGAUUACGAGGAAACUUUUCAAUCAGAGUAACGAGAUGGUUUUUCCACCUAACUGUAAUAUGGAAAGCUUUGUUGACGAUAUGGGAACAUUCUUUAUAAGGAAGAUUACAAACCUACGUGCGGAAUUAGCUUGUGUAGAUGAUUGUACCUAUAGCAAUCUUGGUGACCCAUGUGUAUCAUCAUUUGAGAAAUUUGAACCUUUGGAGAUGGAAGCUGUCAAGCACCUUGUUUUAGAGUCGAACACAAAAUCUUGCUCCUUGGAUCCUAUCCCGACUAGCAUGGUAAAGGAAUGUUUGGAUGAGUUGCUACCAGUACUAACAUCUAUUAUUAAUAACUGUUUGUCAUCAGGAUUAUUUCCUAAUGAAUGGAAAGAGGCUUUAAUAAUUCCGUUACUGAAGUUUGGCCUGGAUUUAGCUUUCGAAAAUUUUAGGCCUAUUAGUAAUUUACAAUUAGUGUUAAAGUUGACCGAAAAAGCUGUUUUCAACCAAACACAUUCUUAUCUAGUUUCAAAUGAUUUGUUUCCUCUUUGUCAAUCCAGUUAUCGGAAAUAUCACAGUACAGAGACGGCGCUACUAAAAGUAAAGAAUGAUAUUUUAAUGAAUAUGAACAACCAAGAGGUUACAUUACUUGUUUUAUUGGAUCUCAGUGCUGCCUUUGACACGGUCGACCACAGUAUUCUUCUUAAGCGACUACAGGAGGACUUUGGAAUCUCUGGAACAGUACUUUCUUGGUUUUCUUCCUAUCUUUCAGGCAGGUCUCAAAAAGUUGUAAUUGAUGGUGUCUGCUCUAAAAAAUUUGAUCUGAGUUUUGGUGUCCCACAGGGAUCAUGUUUGGGACCACUGCUUUUCAUCCUAUAUACAAGUAAGUUGUUCAAAAUUAUCGAAUCUCAUUUACCUAACGCGCAUUGUUUUGCUGACGAUACCCAACUGUACUUAUCCUUUAAACCUGGAACUAUGUUGGAUGAAGCCAAUGCUGUUCGAGCAAUGGAAGCUUGUAUUGCUGAGGUACAUCAGUGGAUGCUCUCUCAAAAACUUAAGCUUAAUCCUGAGAAAACCGAGUUUAUGAUCAUUGGCACAAGGCAACAGCUGGAAAAGGUUAA